UGAUAGGAUUGAUAAAUUUUUUCUUAAUUGUAUUUUUCAAAUGCUUGUAAUUUAAUGCAUAUUUGUUCAAGUAUAUAAGACUAAUAUUCGAUAAGAAUUAUUUAUUCGUCUUGUAGAUUUAAGCGGAACAUGUACUACAAUUGUGAGAUAUAACGAGACUUAAAUAUUGUUGAACGUUUCUUUUUCUGAAAGAUCACGACAUUAUGUUCUUUAUUAUUUCAUUGGGUUCAAUUUUCAUUUUAUUUCUACUGCAUUGCACCAUAAGAUAUGGAAGAAUGGGAAGAAUAUUUAAUACUAUUCCUGGACCAAGUGAAUAUCCCAUAAUAGGAAAUAUACAUCAUCUUCAAGUUGACAAUGAACAUCUCCUCGAAAGAAUUUGGGAUAUAAAUGCAAAAUUUUAUCCAGUUUACAAAAUUUGGACCUUUUAUUUGUGGAUAGUAAUUUUACUUCAUCCGGAUGAUAUUGAGGUAGUUAUGAGAAGCACUAAAAAUAUUGAAAAAGGAAUAGCUUACAAUUUCUUGAGACCUUGGCUGUCUACCGGAUUGCUAACUAGUGGAGGUGAGAAAUGGCAAACACGUCGAAAGAUAUUGACACCAGCCUUUCAUUUUAAUAUCCUGAAACAUUUCGUUGUCACUUUAAAUAAUGAAGCACGGUAUCUUAUAACAUCUUUAAAAGAGGAAGAAAAAGGAGGUUCAGUAGUGAAAGAUUUACAAGAAUUUAUCAGUCAACAUACACUUAACAUAAUAUGCGAAGCAGCCCUUGGUACCUCUCUGAAGGAGAGGGGCGACUUAGAGUCUAAUUAUCGUGAUGCGGUUCGUAGUUUCGGCAAUAUCAUAGCUUCUAGAUUUGUGAGACCUUGGAUGUAUUCCGAUAUUAUAUAUGGAUUUUCUUCAUCUGGUCGAUUACAAAGGAAACUAUUGAAAACGUUGCACAGUUUUUCGAAAAAAAUAAUUUCCGAAAGGAUACAAUUCCAUGAAGAAACUAAUGGAAAAUAUUUACAUAAUUAUGAAGAAAUGGAUGAGAAUGAAAUCUCUUGUGAAGAACGCGUGGAUAAUAAUAAAAAUCCGAUGUUCAAAAAGAAUCUUGCUCUGCUUGAUCUGCUUAUAUCCGCUUGUGUGAAAGGAAAUAUAAUCGAUGUGGAAGGCAUCCAAGAAGAAGUCGACACUUUCAUGUUUGAGGGUCACGACACUACUGCAGUGGCGUUGUGCUUUGCAUUGAGUCUUUUUGCAAAACACAAAGAUGUCCAGAAACGUAUAAGAGACGAAGUUAAUACGGUUAUGCAAGAAAACUAUAAUUUGACGAUUCCGAUGCUUCAAGAAUUUUCGUAUUUGGAAAGAUGUUUGAAAGAAUCACUUCGUUUAUAUCCAAGCGUUCAUCUUAUAUUUCGUCAUUUGACGCAGGAUAUGCAACUAAAAAAUUAUUUAAUCCCGGCUGGCUCGACGUGUAACAUAAACAUCUAUAGCAUCCACAGAAAUCCAGAAUAUUGGCCUAAUCCCGAAGUUUUUGAUCCCGAUAGAUUUUUGCCAGAUAAUUUGAAAGGCCAUCAUCCAUAUUCCUAUAUCCCAUUUAGUGCAGGACCAAGAAACUGUAUCGGUCAGAGAUUUGCAAUGCUCGAGCUAAAAGUAAUAGUAGCUUAUAUAUUGCAUAACUUUCAUUUGGAACCGGUGAGUGAUCUUGAUGAUGUAAAAUUGAUGGCAAAUCUUACGCUGCAUUCGUCUAAGUCACUUCAUAUUAAAUUUAUCCCAAUAAAAUAGUCUUAUCUUUUCACAUUUCUAUUUUCUUAAAAAUGAAAUAAUUCGGAAUUACAACUGUUAGUGAUUUAUUUAUGACUGGUGAUGUUCGAUGUGAAUAUAAAAUCUUAGAUUUAUCUAUGUAUUUAAAUAUUAAAAUAAAUAAGACGCUUGAGAUAUA